GAGGGCUCUGCUGCGUCUUCAUCCUCUUCUAGUAAAGGAACAAAGUCGCCUCCUAGUACAACUGCAACGGGAAGAGGCUCUGCAAAAGUCGCAGCACAGGGGGGUACUGGAAUCGUGGAAGUGCCGUUCGGGGGUUUCAGGUAUUUUGAAACGCGUGGC